UUUCCACUUCUGCGUCUGCCCGAACUGCCCGCCCCCGUGCUUCCUCACCCUCAGUUUACCACCUCUCUCUCAACACUCCGCACUGUCCGUCGGACGCCUCUCGGGCAGCCCAAAACUACCCUCCCCCGUUGCCCGUAUUCUCUGGGCAGCUCCAUUUUACUUUUUCCAGUCUUCGAUUCCAUUAAAAAAAAAAAAAAAAGGAGCAUAGAAUCGAUAAUAGGAAACGAAGAGAGAGAGAGAAGGAAGGAAGGAUUUAUCUGAUUUUGUUGGGGCAAAUAUAUUUAUUUUUUUUGCAAAUUUAUUUUUUUUGCUUUUAAACUGGUCAGCUUUGUGUCUGUGCGGCUGUAUGUAUUGGAGAUUUUUUUUUUUUGGAGAUUUUUGUAAUCUUGAGAUCAGACAUUUCCUGAUAUUAACUGAGAUGGAUUGGUUUUGUUUGUCAAAGAAGAAAUCGAAUGACCAAAACUACUUUUAUUGUCUGUCUAAAUAGUUUCCACAACUUGAUUGGGGUUGUCAUUUUUUGCCUUGUUCAUGUGAUUAGCUCUCUUGCUCAACUGGUUCUUUGGUUGUUUAACAGAAAUUGUUAAAUUUCAGUGCUUUUCUGCCUUCUUUUUCCCCUUUCCCCUUCUUUUUGGGUUAUGUGAAGAUAGAUUUUGGUGGGGGGUUGGGAUUUGGGGGUUUUUGGAUGAAAAGUGGGUCUGGGUGUUUAGAGUUUUUUGAGAGUGAAGAGGAUGGGAUUAGGCAGUGAAGAUGGAAAAGUGAAGACUUCUUGGGAUGCGUGCCAAUCAAAGGGAAGGGGGAAGAAGAAAGACAGUGGUGGUAGUGGGGAUGUCGUGGAGAAGUCAGCGACUGGGUGUUGGGUCAAGUUCAGGUUUAUAGGGAGCUGCAUUUCUUCAAGAUCCAAAGUUGAUAGCUCUGUUAGUGGGACGAGUACUCAUUGCGAAAGUAAGUCCACAAAUGAUACAAGCAGAGACCAACCAGCUGCUCCUGUAAUCUCAUCUACAACCACAAGUAAUACAGAAAGUAAUUCAUCAACCUCCAAACUUGAAGAGGACCUAAAAAUUGCUUCUCGACUGCGAAAAUUUACAUUUAAUGAUCUUAAGUUGGCAACGAGAAAUUUUAGACCUGAGAGUCUUCUUGGUGAAGGUGGUUUUGGCUGUGUGUUUAAGGGAUGGAUUGAGGAAAAUGGAACUGCUCCAGUGAAACCUGGUACAGGACUUACUGUUGCCGUUAAAACCCUUAAUCAUGAUGGGCUUCAGGGUCAUAAAGAGUGGUUGGCUGAAGUGAAUUUUCUUGGUGAUCUUGUUCAUCCUAACUUGGUUAAACUGAUCGGUUAUUGCAUUGAAGAUGAUCAGAGGCUGCUAGUCUAUGAGUUUAUGCCUCGAGGAAGCCUCGAGAACCACCUAUUUAGAAGAUCUCUGCCUCUUCCAUGGUCCAUAAGGAUGAAAAUUGCCCUAGGUGCUGCAAAAGGUCUUGCUUUUCUUCAUGAAGAAGCGGAAAGGCUAGUCAUAUAUCGCGAUUUUAAGACCUCCAAUAUUCUAUUAGAUGCGGAUUAUAAUGCCAAGCUUUCUGAUUUUGGACUUGCUAAAGAUGGUCCUGAGGGAGAUAAGACACAUGUAUCUACACGUGUCAUGGGAACAUAUGGUUAUGCAGCCCCAGAAUAUGUGAUGACUGGGCAUCUCACAUCAAAGAGUGAUGUCUAUAGUUUUGGUGUAGUUUUACUUGAAAUGAUAACUGGCAGAAGAUCCAUGGAUAAGAACCGACCUAUUGGAGAACAUAACCUUGUGGAAUGGGCUCGGCCACAUCUAGGAGAGAGGAGAAGAUUCUACAGAUUGAUAGAUCCUCGGCUUGAAGGCCACUUUUCCAUAAAAGGUGCCCAGAAAACGGCACAACUGGCUGCUCACUGUCUUAGCCGGGAUCCAAAAGCCAGGCCCCUGAUGAGUGAAGUUGUGGAGGUGCUGAAGCCUCUGCCAAAUCUUAAGGACAUGGCAAGCUCAUCAUAUUAUUUCCAGACCAUGCAAGCUGAGCGAGCUGUAUCCAGCCCAAAUGCCAAAAAUAUCAGCCGAACACAAGGAGGAUUUUUGAGGAAUGGACAGCAACAGAGGAGUCUUUCAAUAACAAAUGGUUCCCAUGCAUCUCCUUACCACCAUCAAUACCCUCAUCAAUCGCCGAAACCCAAUGGAAAAACCAUAGCAUGGGGUCAGUAAUUAUCUGCUUUACUCCAACCCUUUUCAUCAUUCAUUUCUUUUUCCCGUUGUUCCCAGUAUAGAUUUAUUUUCUGUGAAAGCGUUUCUUCUUGGACAACACUGGAAAAAGCAACAGAGGAACAUGUCCGCCCCAUGUUGUGUUUAGAAUGAUGACCUCCCAGCAGGGAAGAAUCUUAGGCAGGUGAAGCUUAUGGAGAAAAACUGUCAACACUAUGUUACCACAGAAUGUAUUGAAAUGUUUAAAGAUUAUUUCUCUUUAUGAGCAUUUUUUCCCUCA